CGUUAAAGUUCAAAUGAAGGCUCUCAACUCUACGACAGCAGUAUAGAGGAAUUUCUCCGCCGCCAUGUCGUUACUCAUUCGCAUGAUCACCAAUAAGCUUAGACGGCCGGAAAGAUUCAAACUUUUCCACACAUCUACGUUUCCAUUAACUGAAGAGACUGGUCUUUACGGCUUCCAACACUUGAAGACUCCCAAAGGCUUUCAACGUUUUGUCGAUGAAGCUAUUGAACGGUCGGACGAACUCAUCAAUUACAUUGCUGAAAUUCCAGCAUCAGCAGAAAUUAUCCGAGCAAUGGAUGAAAUGUCUGAUAAGGUUUGCUCAGUUGUUGAUUCUGCAGAGCUGUGCAGGUGUACUCAUCCUGACAGGGAAUUUGUGGAAGAAGCCAACAAAGCUGCAAUGAGAAUUCAUGAAUAUCUACAUUAUCUCAAUACAAAUCACACUUUAUAUAAUGCGGUGUUGAAGGCCGAGAAAGAUGGUCCUCUUCUGAGUAAAGAAGCUCAGAGGGCAGCCCACAUGCUUCGUCUUGACUUUGAAAGAGGUGGAAUUCAUCUCAGUUCUGAUAAACUGGAAAAGGUUAACCAGCUCAAUGUUCAAAUUAGUCAUCUUUCUAGACAGUUCAAUGAUAAUAUUAUUGCUGAUCCAGGUCAUGUGGAUGUAUUUCCUGCCUCACGUGUCCCGAAACAACUUCAUCAUUUGGCUAAGCCAAUUUAUCGUGAAACAGCCAUUGGAUCUAAGAAAUCAAUGAAGUCAAGCGAAAUAACCAGACAGAAGGGAUUUCAGAUAGUAACCGAGUCAAAUGCUCUAGCAUCAGUACUUCAAUUGGCAUCAGACCCGGAGGUCAGGAGGAUGGCAUAUGUCCAAGGAAAUUCUGCUCCACAUGCAAAUCUGGACGUUCUCAAUGCCCUCAUUGCAGCUCGCCAUGAACUUGCACAGAUAAUGGGGCAUAAAUCUUAUGCUGAAUUUGUGAUAUCCCCUAACAUGGCCUCGUCACCAGAGGUUGUCAAGUCAUUCUUGGUCGAGAUGAGUGAUAUUGUAAGGAGCAAAGCUGAAAAGGAGCUUAAGCAAAUCCGGGAAUUUAAGAAAGAAAAGUGUGGUCAAGUGAGUGGCGAUGUGGAGCCCUGGGAUGAGGCUUAUUUCACAGGCUUGAUGAAGUCAUCUAUUUGUAAUGUGGAUUCUUCGGCUAUUGCAUCAUAUUUUCCUUUAGCUCAGUGUAUUGAGGGAUUGAAAAUGCUGGCUGAGUCACUUUUCGGAGUGACAUUUCGCAAUAUCCCUUUGGCUCCUGGUGAAUCAUGGCAUUGGGAGGUUAUUAAAAUGUCUCUUUAUCAUCCUGAAGAGGGAGAUUUGGGGUUCUUAUACCUGGAUUUGAAUUCGAGAAAGGGAAAGUAUCCAGGGUGUGCGCAUUUCACUAUUAGAGGGGGACGUCGUGUUUCUGAAACAGAGUACCAAGUUCCUGUUGUUGCUCUCAUUUGUAACUUCUCUGCUUCAGUGAAUUCAUCAUCUGCAAAACUUAAUCACUGGGAAGUGGAGACCCUUUUUCAUGAAUUUGGACAUGCUCUUCACUCAUUGCUUUCACGGACGGAUUAUCAACACUUUUCAGGUACAAGAGUAGUUUUUGAUCUAGCAGAAACACCUUCUAACCUCUUCGAAUACUUUGCAUGGGAUUAUCGGGUUCUAAAGAGAUUUGCUAAGCAUUAUUCAAGCGGGGAAGUAAUACCUCAGAAAUUGGUGGAGUCAAUGCAGAGCGCUAAGAAGAUGUUUGCUGCAACCGAGUUACAACGACAAAUAUUUUAUGCUUUGAUUGAUCAAACGCUCUUUGGAGAGCAGUCGUCUUCUCCAAUGGACACCAUGGCUGUUGUUGCGGAUCUGAAAAGACAACAUACAAGUUGGAAACAUGUGGAUGGUACUCAUUGGCACACCCGUUUUACACACCUUCUAAAUUAUGGUGCAGGUUACUAUAGCUACUUGUAUGCAAAGUGCUUUGCUUCGACAAUAUGGGAAAAAAAUUGCGAAGAAGAUCCUCUAUCAUCUGCCACGGGGUCUGCCAUAAGAAGAAAGUUUUUGCAACAUGGUGGUGCCAAGGAUCCUGCUUCUCUGUUAAUUGAUCUUGCAGGAAAUGAUAUAGUAAGAAAUCGCAAUGGGGUUAUUAUCCCCAAUGUUACAAGCCUCUGCAAAGAACUGCAUCUCCUCCAGAAUUAGAGCCCUAGGGUUCUUUCAUUUAGCCUAAUUGUCAGUUUGACAUUGCUUCCUCCUAUUAUUUGUUUAUUUAUUGGCUUGUUCCUUGUGGCCCCAUUUGCCAAAUUUUGACAUGUCAAAAUAUUUUUUGUUCUACUCACCCUUCUCACAUCUUUUAUUGGUUUUACCAGAUUUUGAAAGUAUAUUUCA